AUGGCCGACAAGUUCGAUCCCCCGCAAUACCCUCCUCCCGCGCACAACCAAGGCUUCCAAUCGCCUCCGCCCCAAAUGUCCUACGACCCCAACUACCAACAGCAACAACAGUACGAGAUGAACCGCGGCGCGAAUAAUGGCUACUACGGCCCGCCACCGCCGCAGGGAUACUACGGAGGACCGGGCUACGGGCCACCACAAGGAUGGAACGGCCAGCCGCCGCCGCCGCAGACGGUCGUGUACGAGAGGGAGCGAAGCAGCGGGGGCGGGAUUUGUGCCGGGUUAUGCGCGGCGUUGGCGUGCUGUUGUUGCUUGGACGCUAUCUUUUAA